UUAAGGAAACCAUUGGUGUACAAUUCGCGAGUGGGACCAAUUCUAUUGGCGCCGAUAGCCGAUCAUUACAUGGCUGGUAGCAAAGCGAUGGUUACAGGUUGGGGAGCUUUGAGAAGCAACGGUCCAUUGUCGACAAAAUUACGCAAAGUCCAAGUACCACUCGUUUCUAACGUGCAAUGUUCUCGUUUGUACAUGAACAGAAGGAUCACAGCGAGAAUGAUUUGCGCCGGUUACGUGAACGUCGGUGGCAAGGAUGCGUGUCAGGGGGACAGCGGCGGCCCAUUGGUGCAACACGACAAACUGAUCGGGAUCGUUUCGUGGGGGUUCGGUUGCGCGCGGCCAUCUUAUCCGGGCGUUUACACGCGUGUGACAGUUCUCCGAAGUUGGAUUACUGAGAAAACUGGUCUGUGAGCGUUUCGUGUUUAUCCUAUGCGCGAGCACGAAACGUUAUUGAACCAGCUACGAACUCGGAAAUUUUUCCUGCAAACAUUUCGCCUCGUUACUUUGCUCUCGUCAUCUUCUUUGUUUGCGAAGAGAGUUGCUCGGGUUUCACCCGAAAAAACCCCCGGGAUCGUGGUUGGUUUUUCGCUAUGGCGGGAUUGGACACAUUGAAAUAUUAUAUUAUAUUUUUGCACCGUAAUUAUAUCAAAAUUUACUCGACUCUUUUCAUUCGGUCAAUUGUCAAGCACGAAUCGUAAGUAUUUAAUUACUUAAACUCUCCCUCUUCAUUUUUUUACAUAUAAUCGUUAAUUGAAAUAUUAUUGACUUGAUUUGUACGAGUUUUUCGAGAAAUAAUAAUCUUGGAAUGUUUCGAGAUUCUCUCUUGAGAAAGAAAGAUGUCGAGAAAAAUUUUAAGAAGGCAGAGAAUAAAGUACAUAUUAAUAAUGGAUUCUUUUAUAUUUGUCUCGUAUAUUCGAAAGUAAGACUUUCAACAGCAACUUAUUUUCAUCGUUAACGUUAGUGUUACAUUUUAGAGUGAAAAUUAUCGAAGCAAUCUCUGGAAAGAAUAACUUUCAAAUUUUUCAUUUUUAUUCAAAAUAAUCUGAAGAACAUACGUGGAUCUAAAAUUGAAUCGGUUGUCCCUUAUUGAAAGUAAUCCCCUGUUUUGGACGUGCGUACUUUGAGCAUGAAAAUACUAUCAGUUUGAUAAUGAACGAGGACGUGAAAACAACGAACAGCUGGACUAUUUCUCCGUUUUAUGGAACUUUGGUGUUCGUUACAAGGUACUCGAUGAAAACCGCUAAUUAGUUUGCUCGACGAUCGAUAGAUAUUUCCCAGCUUUAAUUCGCGAUUUAUAAAUAGCUCGUGUAACAGAUGUCGGGAAUUUAUCGCGCUUUCGAAAAAGAAAAAAAAAGAAAAAAGAAAAAAAAAAGUAGAUACCACAUUUCGCUUAAAAUUCGAACGAAAUUAUUCCUCUUCCAUUGCAACAAGCGUGUGCCAGAUAUAUUCUCGGGCUCAAUGAAACGAAAAUGCAUGAAAGAUGCAGAAAUUUCUCGAAAUUUCCCCUUUUACUUGGCAACUUGGAAACUUGUAUUCCGUUCAAUAAAAUGAAACCGUGCAUUUGUACAAAAUGGGUAUAGGAAAAGAAUCAUUCAUGAAGAAAGAGGAAACGAAAUGUAGUUACAAAUGUAGUUAUAUAUUUUUACCAAGCUCUUUUGUGACGGCCACAUUUAUAAAGUGACAAACGCUUUGACAUUUGUAUAUCUGAGAUCAAAAGUAAAGUUAAUUUUUAUUCCAAAAUUCAAUUUUUUCUUUUUUUUUUUUUUCGUUUAUUUUAUCAGAAUGAUUGAAAACUUUUUGUCGCAAAUA